AUGGCUCACCAUUCGAGUCGCAUAUCUUCGCUGAUAUGCUCGUAUCUAUCAUUUUCGAUUCUAUUGUUCACGGGCUCGUCAAUUGCCUGUGGAGUUCUGACACAUAACGAAAUCCUCCGUCGUGCCCGCUAUCUCUACUCGAUCUACCCAACAGACACAAGCAACCAUACCCCACACUACAUCCACCAUGCCUACAUUAACAACAUAUUAUCGGACCCAUCCAAUCGUGCCGCUCAGCAAGCCGGGGCAUUCUUCCCCGACUGGGGCUAUGGCUGCUUCUCCAAUGACGCCCCUGCAGAAGCAGCUCAUUGGCCACCUUUCGUCGCAGCCUCGAUCCGUCACUUCCAUAAAAAAUAUGGUCCGGUUCUAAUAACAUCCCUGACUCCACCAGACGGCAAUGGCGAACUCGUCACCAAUAAACUCUGGCCGAACGGCACUACCAUGACCCGUGACGACCUUGAACAUAAAAACAAACUUAUAUCGUUCAUUUUUGCAGUCGCCUUACACGGCUCCUCAGAUGCCACAUGGCACUCACUAAAAAUGUACAAUGGCUUCAUCCGGAUGGUCGCUGGUCUCGAUUUCUCCGGCUCCUAUAGCGACGCACAUACCCUCGUCGAUACAGGCGGCGAUGUAAUCCUUGCGAAUAGAAUGGAUAACCUACCACCCGAAUCCCAUGCUAAGAACUGGGUAUCGAGUACUUGGUGGGUUCCUACUAGCGAUAUUCUCGAGAUAUAUGAGAGUAUGGGGAUUACUACUGUAAAUCGGUUUACCUUUUCGUUCUGUAUCGCUCGGGGUCUUGCUGCUAUUCAGGCGGUUGUGUCUGCUAGCGGGGCACUAUAUGAAGCUUAUGCGGAGAAGUCGCCGGCUAUGGUUGACUUUUUUGAUGAGUAUUAUCUCGGUGGGAUGGAUGAGAUGGCUGCGAAUGCGGUUUGGUGUUGGAGGAAUGUGACGGAGUGGAUGGUUAGUGGGGCUGAGGGUGCUGGAGAUGGGUGGGGUAUGUGUGAUACUUUCCAGCUGAUCAAAGCCAGGGACGGAGGUAAAAUCGAGCCGCCAGAUCCACCCGCUGGUAAAGAUAACGACCUCGUGGGAUAUGGAAGACACGGAGAGUCCUACGGGGAUCUGCUCAGGAACAAUAAGGAAUUCAAGAAAUUGGUGGAGAAAUACGAGGAUAAUAUCUACCAAGACGAUUUACCGUCAGGUGCGGUGGAAAUAUAUGUUCCUGACAACCUACCUUGGUUUGAGCGCCCUCCACCAUCUCGACGGUCUGACGAAAAGCAACAUCCCUUAUUCGAUUCAUAUUAUCGAGACGAUGACGACUCAGCUACAACUACGAAAUCGGACAAGUUCCACAUUCCGCUCCCUACGCCGUCACCAUUCCCAGGCAGCUUUGGAGAACCGAUAUUCAUCUCAACCGCAAAAGCAUUCUCAAAGUUCGGGUCGUAUUUGAGCAUCGGGUCUCACGGUACAAGUAAACUUCUUAAGGGAUUUGGAGUGAUAGAAUCCCAGGAAGGAUCGGUAGACCUCACAGCUUCAGCGCUUUCUGAAACCGAGGAUCAGGACUAUGUAGCCGGUGGAGCGGUUUAUAGCAUCGACCUAAAGGACGUCACGAACGUAAAGACGGUUUAUGACGAUGAAGGGAGAAUAUGGGCUGAGGCCCUCGCCAAGAAACUCGUCCGAUUUUCGGGCAGGAAUGACGGAGUCGGUAUUAAGGUCAGCAACUUCAAUCUCGAUGGAGUAUGCGGCAUCUCCACCAAGAUUGGUAAUGGUACCGUAGUCAUGAACGGGGUCAAAAAGCCAAAGUUGAAUAUCGACACUACUUUUCAAGAACCCAAUCAUCCGAACGCGAGAUUCGGGGCGGCGACUACGGCUGUCAGGUUAAAACUUGGGGUAUUCAAUGUAGUUACUGCACCAGGACCCCAAAUUUUUAAUGCUUCUUCACCUCGGAUUGGAUUUAUUCCUUCUGGGUAUCUGGAUCUGUUCCUUGGUCCGCAGCGAAUUCUUCGGCUUGCUUUUGAAGACCUACCGGGUGGUGAUAGGAUUGGUGAGCGAGAAUUUGGCACGGUGGUUUUAGCCGCUGAUAUUGACGGCGACGGAGAGGAAGAGGUCAUCAUUGGCAUGCCAUUUGCAGACGGCGAUAGGCCAGGCUGUGGAGUUCAGCUUGCCGAAGGAGAAGUUGUCGUUAUCAAAAUGGGGAAGAUUGUGGAGAGCGUAUUCAAUGGAUGCGAUGGUGUUGUAGAAGGAGCGAUUCAGAGGCUUAAGUUGCCAAGUGUGGAAAAGAGAGGAGAAGAGUGUGGGCAAAAUACCUAUGAAUGGUUUGGGAAGUCGUUGGUGUGGGUUAAGCAAGCUGGAUUGCUAGGAGUUGGCGCACCGGGAAGAGGGAAGGUAUUCUUUUGGGGUUGGGAAGUCGAAGAUGGUCAGUUUACGUAUGAAUUUUCGAUAGAAGGGGGUAAAGGUGGAUUUGGAGGCUGGGGUUUAGAAAGUGGAGUUACAUCUGCUGGGAAGGAAUGGGUCGCUGUCGGAGUCCCUGAUGACGAUGUAGCACAAAAGGGACAUGUUCAGGUCUACAGAAUCGUAAACGGAGAAGGUGUGUUAGUCGCCAGGGUGAAAAGCUGGGAAGACGAAAAGUUUGAGAAGUUUGGAAUGGUGCUGAGGGCAGAUAAUGGAGACGAGGGACUGUGGGUUGGCAGCCCCUGGGCGCAGAAAGAGAGGGGUGCAGUUUGGUGGAUCGAUAUAGGGGCUAUUGCCAACUGGGAAGGGAAUUGGAAGAAAAAGGUUAAGUUGCAUAGGGGUCCUACGGUACAAACUCCUGUUGUAGAGAAAAGCAAGAAAGAGAUGAUCAGAGAGUUUCAAGUUCAGAUGCAGUUGAUGGGACCAGAACCUGGGGCACACUUCGGAGCAGCAUUGGCCUCAGUAGAUAUCAAUGGUGAUGGUAAAGACGAUUUGGUUGUCGGUAUACCCUACUGGGCUGUUGCGAACCCUGAUGAGAACGCACGGUUCAAAGGUGCAGUGGCAGUUUUUACUAGAAUCGACGGCGAAGUAUGA